AUGGAUAAUAAUUUUAAUAAUUUCUUUCCCCAACAAAUGUGGGGUGGAAGUAAAAAUUUACAUCCGAGAAAUGAGAUCUCGUCAACGGAUAAAAGUUCUGUGUCCUCGGGACAAUCGAGUUCAUCGAUUUUAGCACCGAGUAAAUUGGCACAGAAUCAACCACCACACUCAACAAAUAAUCGAGAUUUAGCAUCAUUUGCAAUCGAUAAUCGAUUGUAUUUGGAUGGAUUAAGACAACAUCAUCAGCAGCAACAACACCAGCAACAUCAAUCAAGAUCGAGUAGUUUUGGUAAUAAUGCAGGUGGCAUGACAAUCUUAACUGCCGGUGGAAAUUCACGAGAUAGCAACAACAAUGGUCUCAAUAGUCAAUUUACGAACCCAAAGCUAUUGAGUCGAUUAGAUUUAGAUUCCGUACGCAGCAAUCUAAAUCGUAGUGGUGGUAGCAAUUGCAAUUCAUCAAGUUUAAUUCAUCAUCAGCAUGGUACGAUACUGUUCAAUACCUUAAAUGGUGGUGGCUUGAAUGCUGGAAAUAUGAUGUCAGGAUCGAAUGUUGAUUGCUUUACUAAUCCUGAUUUUGGACCUGAUAGCACAACACCACCCCCGUCAAAUGCCAUUUCGAUGCCUCCAUCGGCAUCGUCCGCCUCAUCAUCAUCGUCAACAAUUAGUACAAAUAUAGGAUUAAAUAAAAAUAAUAAUGGUAGUCAAGAUGGUAGUUCUGAGAAGAUUAAAACGCCAAAUUCUAUUCGAGCUCAAAUCGAAAUCAUCCCAUGUAAAGUGUGUGGCGAUAAAUCAUCAGGCGUUCAUUAUGGUGUCAUUACAUGUGAGGGUUGUAAAGGAUUCUUUCGACGCUCACAAAGUUCAGUUGUUAAUUAUCAAUGUCCGCGUAACAAACAAUGUGUUGUUGAUAGAGUAAACAGGAACAGAUGUCAGUAUUGUCGACUUCAAAAGUGCCUAAAGCUGGGAAUGAGUCGUGACGCCGUGAAAUUUGGCAGGAUGUCAAAAAAGCAGAGGGAAAAAGUGGAAGAUGAGGUGCGAUAUCAUCGUGCACAAAUGCGAGCUCAGGGUGAUACCGCUCCCGAUAGUUCAGUGUUUGACACUCAAACACCAUCCAGCAGUGAUCAGUUACAUCACAGUUAUAAUAGUUACAGCACAUAUUCAAAUGAAGUUGGUUAUUCAAGCCCGUAUGGAUAUUCGGCAUCGGUAACAUCUCAACAGACGAUGGGUUAUGAUAUUUCAGCAGAUUAUGUAGACAGUACAACAACUUAUGAACCGCGCAGUACCAUCAUCGAUUCGGACUUUAUUGGUACACAUAAUAAAAAUUCAUCACCGUCGCAUCAACAGCGAACGAUUUCGCUGUCAGAUAUUCGUAUAGCUCGCCUAACAACCGUUUCAGAUCAACAGCUUGCUGACGUAACCAUGCAAGGUACAGCAUCAGCGUUGACUAAUUCAUGUACAACUAAUGAUGCGGGUACAAUUAUAACGAUAAAGCAGGAAUCACUUUCGAAUGUUGAUAAUUUGGUUGGAAGUUUUGUCGACUCAACGACUUUCCUUCCAUCGCCAAACAGUCAAAUUAGUAAUGCACAAAUGGCACAAAACUCUUUGACCAAUGAUUCGAAUGGAAUUAAUGAAGUUGCAGGCACUAAUGCCCAUCAACAUACCGAAAUAAUAUUCACUGAAGACGACAGCUCAUGUGAUUCACAAAAAUGGGCCGAAGGCGACAUUAAUGAUGUUCUUAUAAAAACAUUGGCUGAGGCUCACGCAAAUACAAAUAUCAAAUUGGAAGUUGUGCAUGAAAUGUUCCGCAAAACACAGGACGUAAGUCAACUUCUUUAUUACAAAAACUUGUGUAAGGAGGAUCUUUGGUUGGACUGUGCUGAUAAAUUGACAGCUAUGAUUCAGAAUAUUAUCGAAUUUGCUAAACUUAUACCUGGAUUCAUGCGAUUAAGUCAAGAUGAUCAAAUUCUUCUUCUCAAAACCGGAUCAUUUGAGCUUGCUAUAAUACGUAUGUCAAGAUUAAUGGAUCUGUCGCAAAAUGCGGUACUUUACGGCGAUGUGAUGCUACAUCAGGAAGUAUUUUACACAUCCAAUUCAUCGGAAAUGAAACUUGUUGCUGGAAUAUUUGAGACUGCCAAGAGUAUCGCUGAACUAAAACUCACAGAAACUGAGCUUGCGUUGUAUCAAAGUUUAGUGCUGCUGUGGCCAGAGCGACCUGGCGUACGAGGAAAUACUGAAAUCUUAAGACUUUUCAACAUGAGCAUGAACGCAAUCAAACAAGAAAUUGAGGCAAAUCAUGCGCCAUUGAAGGGAGACGUGACUGUGUUGGAUACUCUUCUCACUAAAAUUCCAACAUUUAGGGAGCUCUCGAUGUUGCAUAUGGAUGCGUUGAGUAAUUUCAAGCAGGAGCAUCCUCAAUACAUAUUCCCAGCAUUGUAUAAAGAAUUGUUUUCUAUUGAUGCGCAACAAGAUCUGUUAACAUAA